AAAUGUUUAAUGAUGCGAAGAAAACAUUUGACAGAGUUUAAGAAACAACAAAACAUUUAGAUUUGGUUAGUAGGUGAAGAUCGUUGGUCGUUGGUGGAACUCAUCACAGAUAACUAAAAAAGUAAAAGUGAAUUUGAAAAUAAUUUCGAAAUCAAAAUAAAAACACUGCAGUUGUUUUGGAUUUAGAUAAUAAACAAACAAACACACACAGCAAAAAAAUCAAAACUAAAAUAAAAAUCAUGUCAUCUAUGAAAUAUUUAUUGGCUGUUGCAAUCAUGGCAACUUUGGCCUGUUCGGCUUUUGCCAUACAUUGUUACCAGUGCGAAUCUUCGAAUCCAAAAUGUGGUGAACAUUUCGAAGCUGACGAUGCUUUCAAAUUCGAUUGUGCUCGCAUUAGUCCACCCCGUUUCUUGGCCAAUUUCCUACCAGUUCGUAAUGCUACUGGAUGCAUGAAGAAAACCUUAGAAGCCGUAAGCGGUCAUCCACUAAUAGUGCGCUCUUGUUACUUUGGCGACAUUUCCAAUACCCAAGGUGGUUGUUCAGCUGAUCCUUCAUUGCCUUUUAUUAAACAAAUGUCAUGUGAUGUUUGCUCGGGUGAUUUGUGCAAUGGUUCCUCAACAAUGGCACCCAUUGCCUUCACUAUUUUGGCUUUCUUUGCCUUGGCUCGUGUAUUCUCUUAAGUCUAUAACUCUUCCAAGUGAAACGAGUAAAUCAGCCUUUUUAAGCCUUAAGUAAUCUCCUUAGAUCUAUAGAGAUCUUAAAAAAUAUGUAUUUUUUUAUUUUAUUAUUAUUUUUUUGUAAGUAUUUAUGUUUUAAUUAAUUAUGGAUGGAAUGUUAAAGCUUUUUAAGAAGAAAAACAACAACAAAUAUUAUGAUUUUUUUUAUAAGCAA